UUUAAGAUGGUUUUCCAACCACCAAUAAACACUAGAGAAGCUUCAGGAGAAGCUUCAGAAGAAGGAGACCAAUAAUUCCAGUGUUAAGAAGCAGCGAUGGCUUCAGUUCGGCGUUUGAGAGAGUUUGUCAGUGAGCGACUAACUUCUGCUGCUGAAGAAAUAUUCACAGUCUUCGAACGAACUGUCCUCGAGUACGAGAAAGAGAUCGAUCGUCAGCGCAGAUUGCUGGAGAUCGUUUUGAAACCUGAGCUGAAGCUUCACAGGACAAAGCUCCCACAGCAACAUGUCUGUACGGAGGAAAAGGUUUUCACUGAGCAGCAGCUCGGUGACCGGGAGACAAGUCUUGACCAAGAGGACCCAGGGCCUCCACAGGUUAAAGAGGAGCAGGAGGAGCUCUGCACCAGUCAGGAGGGAGAGCAGCUCGUACUGAAGCAGGAGAACGAUGCCUUCAUGUUUACCCCUAGUACUGAAGAGAUCGAGCACAGUGGACAAGAACCAAACAGUGACGAGUUCCUGUCUCACAACUUUCCUCUAGUUAUGGGCCAAGAUCAGAGAGGACACAAGCAUGUGGACCCAGGAUCGACUAAAAAUGAAGAGUCAAAGAGAGAGAAGAGAUCUCAAGAAAACACAAGUGACAAUGUAGACCGCUCUCCCCCAACAAAGAGUCACUGUAACACUCACACAAGAACAUAUGAAACUUGUGAAAGAGCUUUUGGGUGUAAAUCGAAUAUGGAUCUGAGGAACCACACAGGUGAGAGGCCAUAUUCUUGUAACACCUGCAGAAAAAGAUUCAGUCAUAUAGCACACUUGCAACAGCACAUAAGAAUCCACACGGAUGAGAAGACAAACGUAUGUGAAACAUGUGGGAAAAGCUUCAAGACUACAGUAGCAAUGCUGGUCCACACAGGAACCCACACAGCUGAGAAGUCGAACACCUGCAACACCUGUGGGAAAAAAUUCCGGCACAAGUCGUCCCUGCGAGUUCACAAAAGAGCCCACACGGGCGAGAAGCCACAUUUGUGCAAACUCUGCGGCAAAUGUUUCCUACGUCGCGGCUCCCUGACGUUUCACAUGAUGACUCACACAGGUGAGAAACCAUAUCUUUGCAAGGACUGUGGGAAAGCUUUUAGACAGAGUGGCGCCUUAAACAUGCACAUGAGAACCCACACAGGUGAGAAGCCGUACAGCUGCGUAACGUGUGGGAAAACGUUCACUCAGACGUCAUCCUUGCAAAGACACAUUCGAAAUCAUAACAGCCGGAGGAUGAUGGCUUCAGUUCGGUGUUUGAGAGAGUUUGUCAGUGAGCGACUAACAUCUGCUGCUGAAGAAAUAUUCACAGUCUUCGAACGAACUGUCCUCGAGUACGAGAAAGAGAUCGAUCGUCAGCGCAGAUUGUUGGAGAUCGUUUUGAAACCUGAGCUGAAGCUUCACAGGACAAAGCUCCCGCAGCAACAUGUCUGUAAGAAGAAGGAGGUUCUCAUUGACCAGCAGCUCUGUGACCGAGAGACGAACUCUAGUCCGGACCAAGAGGACCUGCAGACACCACCCUCUGCUGCUGGAGUCACUCAGAAUAUUAUCAUUGAGUUCAAUGAAGACAUUGAUUAUCAGCGCAGACUACUGGAUCUUGUUUGGAAACCUGAGAUAAAACUACAGAGGACAGACUUCCCACAGCAACAAAUCUGUAAGAAGGAGGAGGUUCUCACUGACCAGCAUCUCCGUGACCAGGACAGGAACUCCAGUCUGGACCAAGAGGACCCAGAUCCUCCACAGAUUAAAAAGGAACAGGAGAUACUGUGCACCAGUCGGGAGGGAGAGCAGCUUGUACUGAAACAGGAGAUCGACUACAGUAAACAAAAACCAAACCGUGACCAGCUCCUCUCUCACAUCUCUCCUGUAGCUGAGGACCAGGAUCUGAGAGGAAGCAGUGAUGUGGACCCAGGAUCAACUAGAGAUGAAGAGUCAGAGAGAAUAAAGGGAAAGAAGACACUUAAUAAAACAAGUCAAAUUGACAAUGUAGACAACUCUUUCCCAACAAAGAGUCACCGUAACACUCACACAAGUAAACAGUCUUUAACAUGUGACAUUUGUGGAAAAUGGUUUAAGUUCAAGUCCCGGUUAAUUAUACAUCGGAGAACGCACACGGGUGAGAGGCCGUACCCUUGCCAGACCUGUGGUAAAGGUUUCACUGACAUACCAACAUUGAACAUUCAUUUAAGAACUCAUACAGGCGAGAGGCCAUAUACUUGUGAAACCUGUGGGAAAAGAUUCAGUCAGAAAACAAGUUUGAACAAGCAUUUGAAAAUCCACACGGGUGAGAAGCCAUACUCCUGCAACACCUGUGGAAAAAGAUUCAAUCAGAAAACAAGUUUGAACAAGCAUUUAAAAAUUCACACGGGUGAGAAGCCAUAUUCUUGCAAUACUUGUGGGAGAGCGUUUAGAGAAAGUCACAUCUUAAAAAACCACAUGAGAACCCACACAGGUGAGAAACCCUAUGGCUGUGAGACAUGUGGGAAAGCUUUUAGAACCAGCACGAUGUUGUUGCACCACACGAGAAUCCACACAGGAGAGAGGCCGUACCCCUGCAACACCUGCGGGAAAACAUUUGUGUGUUACACGUCGCGGAAUAAUCAUGAAAAGAUUCACACAGGGAAGAAGCCGUACCCGUGUAACUCGUGUGGGAAAAUAUUAUUUUGUAAACGAGACUUGGAAAGGCAUAUAAGCAAGAGUGAAAGUUGUACACCUAUCAAACGUGUGGGAGAGCACUCAGAAUCGAUGGCUUCAGUUCGGUGUUUGAGAGAGUUUGUCAGUGAGCGACUAACUUCUGCUGCUGAAGAAAUAUUCACAGUCUUCGAACGAACUGUCCUCGAGUACGAGAAAGAGAUCGAUCGUCAGCGCAGAUUGUUGGAGAUCGUUUCGAAACCUGAGCUGAAGCUUCACAGGACAAAGCUCCCAGAGCAACAUGACUGUAAGGAGGAGGAGGAGGUUCUCACUGAACAGCUGCUCUGUGGCCAGGAGAGGAGCCCCAGUCUUGACCAAGAGGAGCUACAGCCAUCACAGGUUAAAGACGAACAGGAGGAACUAUGCACCAGUCGGGAGGGAGAGCAGCUCGUCCUGAAGCAGGAGAGCGUUACCUUUGCGUUGACUCCUGGUAACGAGGAAGUCGGCCACAGUGAACGAGAAUCAAACCGUGACCAGCUCCUCUCUCACAUCUCUCCUGUAGCUGAGGACCAGGAUCUGAGAGGAAGCAGUGAUGUGGACCCAGGAUCAACUAGAGAUGAAGAGUCAGAGAGAAUCAAGGGAAAGAAGACACUUUACAAUAACACAAGUCACAGUGACAGUGUAGACAACUCUUUCCCAACAAAGAGUCACAGUAACACUCACACAAGUAAACAGUCUUUAAUAUGUGACAUUUGUGGAAAAAUGUUUAAGUUCAAGUCCUGGUUAACUGUACAUCAGAGAACGCACACGGGUGAGAGGCCGUACCCUUGCCAGACCUGUGGUAAAGGUUUCACUGACAUACCAACAUUGAAUGUUCAUCUAAGAAUUCAUACAGGCGAGAGGCCAUUCACCUGUGAAAUCUGUGGGAAAAGUUUCAGAAUCAAGACGGACUUGUUGCUCCACUUGAGAAUCCACACGGGCGAAAAACCGUACACCUGCAACAUUUGCGGGAAAAGAUUCAAUCAGAAAACAAGUUUGAACAAGCAUUUUAAAAUCCACACGGGUGAGAAGCCAUAUACCUGCAAGACUUGUGGGAGAGCGUUUAGACAAAAUGGCAUUUUAAAAAACCACAUGAGAACCCACACAGGUGAGAAACCCUAUGGAUGUGAGACAUGUGGAAGAAGCUUCAGUUGUUCGAGGUCGUUGCGAAAGCACAAUCAAAUUCAUUCAGAUGAAAGCUGAAUACUUAUUGAACAUGCGGGGGAGCUAUCUGACUUCGACGUGUCUCAGUUGAGCACAUUCAGCACAGCAACAUAUUGUGUUUUUUUAAAACGUGUGGGAGAGGAUUCAGUUUUUUAUGGAUGAAGUGAUGAGCCACAUUUGGAAGAAAGGAGUGAAAAUCAGAUUACACAGGAGAAACCAUCAAAAUGAAACUUGUGCGGAGUUCAUAAACUAAAUGAUGCACACUUUUGUAUUAGAAAAAUCUCUGUAUUUUUUGUAUUAAAUGUCCCAUUUAUAAGGAG